UAAGAUUUCUUCUCUCUCUGGAUUUGAGGUUUCUAGAACUGCUGCUCAAUGGGGUCUCCAUCUCUGCUCUUCCUUUUUCUUGCUGUCUUAGCUUUUGUGACUGUGGAUUGCAGCUAUGAAGGCGAUGCCCUUUAUGCAUGGAAGAUCAAACUCGAGGACCCUAACAACGUCCUCAAGAGUUGGGAUUCAUCAUUAGCAAAUCCAUGUACUUGGUCUCAUGUCACUUGCAACUCCAACAACAAUGUCACAAGGGUGGACCUUGGCAAUGCAGGACUCUCAGGACCUCUUAUCCCUGACAUUGGAAACUUGACCUUUCUUCAAUACUUCGAGGUGUUUGAAAACAAGAUCAACGGUUCCAUUCCAAGUGAGAUAGGGAAAUUAUUAAAGCUGGUCAGCUUAGACCUAAAAUAUAAUCAUCUUUCAGGGUUCAUUCCCGAGUCUCUUGGCAACCUCACAUCCUUGAGGUUUAUGAGAUUGAAUCAUAAUAAUCUAACAGGGACUGUACCAAAAGAGAUCUUUCAGCUAAUUGGCUCCGGCAACUUGUGGACACUGGACCUAUCGGAUAACGACUUAAAUGGGACCGUUCGAGCAACUAAUUCAACAGGGUUUGCCAUUACAACAGUUAUCCAAGAUCCAAAGGCUUGAAGGAGAUAGAAGAUGAAGACUCAUACCUAUGCUACAUACUUCUAUGGUUGAAAAAUAAUGAGAUUGUUGUUCAUAAAUAAGGGUUGUGGAUAAUAAUAAGAGUUGGUUGUAGGCUUGUGGCCCAUCUUCAAAGCCCACUACUUAUGCUUUAUGAUAUGUAAUUCAUUGUAUUCAAACACUUGCUUUAUACUUUAUAAUUAUGGGUAGCAAAUCUUAGUAGCUCAA